CGUUGCUGGAAAGCUCCCCAUAUGGGGAAGGGGGUGAGUUCGCUAUACGGGCUUACACCGCAAGAGGCGCUUAAAUCGCACCUUGACAAUUCUUACGCUGUCCCAAAAACUGGGCCAGCUUUUGAGCCAAGUGCUGCUCGAGUGUUGUUCCUUCCUACUACUCCGUGGUCUCAGAUUCAUUGUCCCCAAGUGUACACACAAAAAUACAUACACUGUUGUCAUUCGUCAAGUAGCACGUGUCAAGCAAACAUUUACGGCUUUCCGUGCAGUCUACUCUAUUUAAUGUCAUUUGCGUUGGAUACAAGACGUCUAGUUGAUUUCUUUGCGUUGAUUUGAGUAUUUUUUGACUCGACUAUAAUGGAAAAUCGCUUGGCGGAAUUAGCUGUGGAACUAUUCGAGAUCAACGCCGUGAAGUUCGGCAGCUUCGUAACAAAAGCCGGCCGGCCGACACCCGUCUGCUUUGAUCUAAAAGUAAUUAUUUCACAUCCGCGGUUGAUGAAGUCUGUGUCCACCUUACUGUGGACCCUGGCAGAAAAUGGCAAAAGUGCAUCACAAAUUUGUGGUAUGCCUUACACAGCGUUGCCAAUUGCUGCUUUGAUAUCUGCACAAUCAAACAUACCUUUGCUGAUAAGGAGGAAAGAGACUAAAUCCUAUAGGACAAAAAAAAUAAUUGAGGGCCAAUUCAAAGAGGGCGAAAAUUGCAUCAUAAUUGAAGACAUUGUGACGACUGGGAGUAGCGUUUUAGAGGCUGUAAAAGACCUAACUGAUGUAGGGUUGAAGGUUGAGGAAGCUGUCGUUAUUCUGGAUCGACAGCAGGGUGGUGAUCACAAUCUAAGUGCAGAGGGCAUCCGAAUGAGGAGCUUAUAUUCUCUGACUAGUUUAAUGCAAUACCUAUUGAAUGCAGGCAAAGUGACGUCAGCCAUUGUCCAAGACGUCAAAAGUUAUGUGGAACAAAGUAAAGAUCAAUUAAACAGCGAAGGAAACUCGGUGAGUCGAUUGAGAAUCGACUUCGCAUCACGAGCAAAACUUGCCAAGAACCCAGCGGCAGCAAAACUGUUCAAUAUAAUGUCGGCAAAGAAAAGUACUCUCUGUCUAGCAGUGGAUUUGACAAAAGCUGAUGAAGUUUUAGAUUUGGCCGAACUAGCAGGACCGCACAUAGCUGUUUUAAAAACUCAUAUUGAUCUACUUGAAGAUUUUACAUCUGAGUUUAUCGAUAAGUUGAAACAGCUGUCCAAAGAGCACAACUUCUUGAUAAUGGAGGACAGAAAGUUUGCUGAUAUUGGUCACACGGUAUCCUUGCAGUACAGAAAUGGGGUUUAUAAAAUAGCAGAAUGGGCAGAUUUUGUUACUGCCCAUACUGUUCCUGGUUCGAGUAUUGUUUCUGGUUUACAAGAUGGACUGAAGGGGAUUAAGGAAAGUCGGGGGAUAUUUUUAGUUGCAGAAAUGUCUAGUGAAGGAGCCUUAACCAUUGGAGAAUAUGUGAAACAUUCUGUUCUUAUGUCUGAAACGUCAAACCUAGUAGCUGGUUUAGUGUGUCAGUACAAUGUGUUCGAUGAUCCAGGUUUGAUACAACUCACGCCAGGAAUUAGAUUGGAAAAGUCCCGUGAUGAUUUGGGACAGCAAUACAAGACUCCUCAAAUGGUGAUCAAUGCUGGGGCAGAUUUAGCCGUUGUCGGUAGAGGUGUUACAGCCGCGCAGGACAAAUUAUCAGCCAUCAUUCAGUAUAAAGAAAAACUAUGGCAAGCCUACAGUGAAAGGAUUAGUAAUUGAAAUGACACGUCAUUCUAUUGGUUGUGAUUAGAAGUGCGAAAUACAAGUUGAAAAACUCAUACCUGACUUGGAUAAAGAGGUGAUUUGUAUUCAACAGGAUUGGAAAAGCUAAUAGUGUAAUUAUAUGCGUCAAUCAAUGAAAUAUGUGAUCAUGUACAAUAUACGUAGCAACAAUUAACUGGAAAAUGUAUUUCUCGUAAAGUGUUGGAUCAAAUGGAUAUUCAAACGGUACACCAAGUAGAAGUUAUUUUUUACAGAGUGAAUCAAUGGAAGAAAUCACUCGUGGAAAGUAUUGGUCAUGAACACUGUCAUAUACACAGGUCUGGGCACUCCAACCCCUUUCCUAUAUAACGCGGCGUGACUGUCUUGAAGCCUGUGUUUCUCAAUUUGUGCACCAAAGAUCGGAGCGCUGCAAUCCCCGAGGCCGGUGUGCAACGAAGAGAGGAAUAUAGGGCAGCCGUCUCUCUCUGUGCGCUUGCGUGCUAAGGCCGUGUUCGAAAAUUGACUGACAGUACUGUCGGCAAUCUUUUAUCUCUUUUGCGCUUCCAAGUUCGUAGAUAGCUCUGACUCUGUCCUAGGGAAUUUUCAGUACUGUCAGUCAAUUUACGAACACGGCCUAAGUCGGCCUCUCCCUUAUUAGCGCUAGCGGCAAAAAUUCACAACAUCGGCUUCAUUUUCGUGCACGGUUUUACAGCCGGAGUGCCCAGACCUGUCUAUAAGACCGUGGUCAUGAAGUUACUCUGCUAAUAUGUCGCAAAACAUUAGGAUGAAAAACUUGAGUUAUUCACAUUAAUUAUUCUAACAAUAAUACGUAAUGUUGAAUAAUGUUGAAAAAAUUCACGAUAGGAUUUACAGUGCACCUCCUUCACAUUACAUUACAAUUCUGCAGCAUUAUCUUAAAUUCGACAUAAAAUUUUGCUGGAUGUAUGCAGUAAUUUUGAGCUUUAAUUGAAAAGUAAAUGUCUAAAUUUACACCACAUCGUUUACCACAGUUAGAAGCUAAAGUGAAAUCACCUGUUUAUAAACAACGGAUCUCGGCGUAUCUGAACCCAAGAUACAAUCAGUAUGGUAUAAGAUUUCUUUUUUGCUUUUAAAUUUUUUUUUACCUUUAAAUCUCAUUGUCAUUAUCAUUGUUAUUUUUACUAUCCAUUGUUACAAUUUGUGCGCAUAUGAAAUUGUUGAAUACAAUUUUUUUCAUAUCACUGAUGGUAUUCAUUUACACAAGCUUUACAAGUAAUCAAUCAAACCUGCCAAGAAAGUAGAAUGUUAAGCGACUUGUUACCUUUGUAAGUACUUUCAUAUAAUACUUGAUAUUCAACUUGAAAAACACUUUUUCGAUAUAUUUUUGGGUAAUACAAACGAAAUAGAAUAAGUAAACAGACAAGGACAAGGUUUGUUAGAUGUAUCAUGACGUAUCGUACCUAUCUACGAGCAACAAGGUACAAAUGAACAAGUUCAUUGGGAUAAGCAGAGACACGAUUAAAUGCUACAAAAAUAAGUAAGUAGACAAAGCGUUAUAACUAUAUUUGUUAAAACAGGGUUUAUUCGCUUUUUGCAAUCUGAAAUUCCCUGACUUCCAGGUAAUCCGGCCUGAAUAUAGGAUUUUUCUAGCAACCUUUUAAGAAAUAUGCCCCUGAUUACUGACAAUUUUUUUACAGAUUAAUAUUAAUACCUUAAAUAUUACCUAGUAACUAACUGUUUGAAUAUCAAUUUACAAACUACAGCCUGCAAUUUUCCGUAAGAAAAAAACAGAAGUAGGUAUGGUCUGUAAUAUUAUACAUAGAAUUUAUGAAUUGGUGGUAUGAAAUAAAAUUUCAAGUGCAAUUAUUUUUUUUCUCAAGAUUGAUAGUACUAUAUAUAAGAACGAGUUUGUUUCUUCCACAGAUUCAAAAUUCCACUCAUUUUCGAAAAUCCCAGACUUCCUUGACGUAAGAAAUCCCUAGAGUUUUCCCGUUUUUCCCUGUAUACGAACCCUGUGAAACAUCGACCAAACAAGGAUAAGGAUAUUUAAAUUUCCUCGAAUAAAAUUUCUAUUUUACUCGUAAAUGUACGAAUUGUUACAUGCAAGUGUUUUUUUUUCGUCAAUUAUAUUUUAUAUUCAUGUAUGUAAAUAUCA